GCUAUGUAACACAACAAAGCUAAUACAAACCAAGGGUAUACCCAUCACAUAACUGCAUAUACAUAUAUAGACAUGUUGAGAAUAACCAGAACCUCCCGUUCAUUCUUGCGUUUCAAUUCCACCACUAGCGUGACCAAACCAGCCGGCGCCAAAUUGACUAAAACCGAGCUACAAUCCAAUGAAUUUGCCAAACAAGCCCCCAACAGAGAUACAACCUGGUCGGCCACCCAGGAGUCUAGACUGGAAAUAAUCAGCAAGUACCCAUUCCGUUUCAUUCAAAAAGAUUUGGAACAACAACCUAGACCCUAUGCUGCCAUUGAUUUAAUUGCUAAGGAACCAGUGAGAUACUUGGGCCACGGUGAAAAUAUUGCUGUUUGUGAUGGUAACAAGGGAAGCACCUUACAAGGACAUCCUAAGGUGUUUAUCAACUUGGACCAACCUAAACCUGCCACUUGUGGGUACUGUGGAUUGAGAUAUGCCAAGGAGGAAUUUAAGGAUUUGAUUGAGGCUCAAGAAAAGGCAUAGGUAAGGUGUGUAACUUGAAUUUAUAAUAUAUUACGAGAGAACAUGUAGAAGGCGUCGCUGUAGUAAACUCGAGCCAGGAGUUUUCGUCAAACCUCCAUAAAAGAAGGUCAUGUAGAAAUUGAGUUGCAAGACGCAUUAUCCUUCUAUUCUGUUUGGGUGAUGAUUAACUGGCAUAUAAUUCUUGCAUGGUCCCCACUGUUUACAUGCACCAUUCUCUUAACCAGAACAACGCUGGAGUUGUUUCCCACCAUGUCAGAAGAAGGAAUAACCAAAAUACUGCAAUUCAUAGCAUAUGGUAUUCUAAGACCCAUCUAUUCAAUUCCUAUUUCGUGAUUCCUAUCGGAUUGCUAAUUAUCCUAUGCACAUUGUACGGACUAAACCAAUUGCUUCUUAUUAUUAAUAUAAAGUUCCCGUGUUCGGUGUUGGGGCUCUUGCUUAACUUGCUCUUCUUGUGUUUGUUGAGCUGGUUAAGCCAUCAAAACACGUUUGCCAAGAACGGGGCUAAUUGGAUGUUGACAAAUUACUUGGGGUUGAUUAAACCAUCCAUGAACUUUACGCUAAAAUGGAUAAAUGUUUUCUUCAUUCCGCUGUUUAUAGUGCUUCCGUUGUCGUCGCCAAUUUCAUUCAUUGAAUGUUUGAAGAUCGCUGGUGUUUUUGUUGUAGGUAUGAUGGUGCUUAUUUGUGUCGAUGUGUAUUUUUUAAAGUUGUUGAAAUUAGUAUAUGCGAAAAUGGGACGUACCGAUGAGAAGGAACACGAAGAGAUCGAGUUGGAGACAUUGGAGAGGGAUGAUAUCACCACUAUUGAUUUGACUAGCUUUGCCAAGGACAAUGAUGACGAUGAUGUAGAAGUAGUAACUUCUAGGAGAACUUCUGAAAAUCCAUUCACAAUAGAGGAGGUAUCCGGUGUGGACAUACCUGAGCCAACUUAUCAAAGAGACAGUGAUGAAGACCACCAAGUCACACGACAAAUGUCGCGGAUUUCCUACGUUGAUCAAAUCCAAGUGGAAGAGUUGAGUAGGAGUGAACGGGUGACGCUAUUCACCACCAAGUACAUCGACUGGAUCUUGUACUUGAUUUUGUUUAUUGUGUCGUUGCCGAUAUACUACUCGCUUCAUGUGUAUUUACCAUACCAUUUAAGUAUCACCAUUCUUGCUUACUAUGUGGCCUUGUUAAUUCCGCAGAAGUUCCCCGUGACGAAAAAGUUUGCCCACCCGAUCCUUAUCCUGACAUUCAUCAUUCUCUUUGUCUGUUUCAUCGGCUCGCUCAUCUCGCAUGGCAAACCCAGGGGGUUCUUGCUCGAUCUACAAUACUACAAAACAGGACGCAACUACCUCACCUUAUUUACUAACCAGUACGUUGUCUGGCCCGGGUGUGGCGACUUUCUUUCGUCAUUAAUGGACGUAUCGAUUGUCUCACUUUCCCUCCCGAUGUUCACCCAUAGACAUGAUUUCAUCAAGAACUUCUGGGUGUUGAUGCCUACGUUAGUCAUAUCUGUCGUGCUUACGUUUUUCCUCUAUCCAAUCACCUGUCAUGCCAUUGGCAUCGAACCAGUACGGUCAAUUGGGUUCAUUGGAAGAUCGGUUACGUUGGCCUUGGGAACACCGCUUGUGACGGCGUUGGGAGGGUCCAUCUCGUUAAUGGCGGUGUGUACGAUCUUAUCGGGGAUAAUCGGCGUGUUGAUCAACGAACCAUUGUUUAGACUAUUGCGAGUGGACAAGGGUGAUUAUGUCACGCGAGGAGUGACGCUCGGGAUCAAUUCUGGUGCCAUUGCCACGGCACAUUUGUUGACGGUUGAUCCGAGAGCAGCAUCGAUUUCGCUGUUGAGUUUCAGUGUGUUUGGCACGAUUAUGGUGGUGUUGGCUUCUGUUGGAGCUGUACGCGAUUUGAUCAGAUCGUGGGUUGGUUUAUGAACGCGUAAAUAAUUUAUACUUUUUCUUUUUGUUGUUGUUGUUGUUGCACAUCGACUUAAUUGACAACUAUAGAUCUAUAGAGUAAUGCACAUUGAUAAAGAUAGCAGAGUGAUACUCCUCCCGGAGACAGAGUCCCCCGCUGAAUUCAAAAUACUCGAAUUACCCACAUCAAACAACCUAUCCACGACAAAGUCUUAUUUGUUCGAUGCAACUACAAACUCCCUCUAUGAGCUCAACGAAAUAAGAACAAGCGAAUCGGCAAAGUUGAAAUCAGGCGAUGCCGUAAAGUCAUACAUUCUCGAAUCAGACACAUCUGGUGCAAUAAUACAGUCUCCACGAACCAUCAUCUCGUCCAAAUUCAACCUUGUGUAUUUACUAAUUUCCAUAUUGUCCAGUCAGAAAGAAGACCGAUUCAUCACAGUAGACGACUUUAUGGAUCGAGUUGCAUGGAGUCACAACUUGCCAGAAAGUGUCAUUAGUAAUGCCCUUGUACAGAUCUGUGACGAAUUAGAUCAAGGCGACGCCAAAUUCUACAAAUUUUCUUUGGACAAGUCGAUACAGUUUGUCAAUGAAAAAAUCACCAAACUAGUUGAGUUCUUUACGAACGAAAAGAAUACGGUUAUAGAGAAAGUCAGGGCUGAGUUGAAUGAUCCGACCAGUACCGAAGUCGUUUCACAACAAUUAGUCCUGGAAUUAACCUUGCAGUACGCCAUAGAUUAUGUGUGUGGCUCAUACAUUGCUGAACCGACGUUUAAACAAGAUUUAAUUAAAAAGUACCAGUACAAGUUUGAUAAUGUGGAUGCAUACCUUGCCAAGUUAAAAGAAAAACAAAAGAGCCUUGCUGUUGUGGAAGCAAACAUGAACGAAGUGAUUCAUUCUACCGUCAAGAACAGAAAGAAGGAACAAAAGAAAACGAUCAAGAAAGUUCAAACUAAAAAGGUCGCCGUGGGUAAAGGUGCCCUUGAUGGAUUCUUCAAGAAAGCUUAGCUUAUACAUUUUAUUAUAUACAGAAAAGGCUAACUCUUAUUAGCUUGGUUCAAGUUCUUGUAGAUACUCAACCCUUGCGCCAUAAAACUACUUAUAUCACCAACAUUGGAAGGAAUAACCACCGUGUUGGACUCCUUGGCCAACUUACCAAACUCUUUAAUGUACUCUUGCGCAACCUGCAAAUUGACGGCUGCUUCACCACCAGGUGUUUCCUGGAUGGCUUGAGCAAUACGUCUUAUACCUUCAGCAGUAGCUUCCGCUUUUAACUUGAUGGAUUCAGCCUCACCCAUAGCGUGGUUGAUUUGUUCUUGCUUGUCGGCUUCGGAUGCCAAAAUCAUAGAUUGCUUUUCCCCCUCACUCACGUUAAUCUUGGAUUGUCUUUGACCUUCCGAUUCAAGAAUUUCCGCCCGCUUCGAUCUCUCAGCACUAACUUGUCUAUGCAUGGCCUCCAACACAUUCAGAGGGGGAUGGAUAUCUCUAAUUUCGUAUCUCAAACACUCAACACCCCAAUUAUCUCUAGCAGCGCCGUUAAUCACCUCAUUGAUAUUGACAUUCAACAACUGACGCUCCUUCAAUACAUGAUCCAACGUCAUGCUCCCGAUUUCCGAUCUCAUGGUCGUCUGGGCCAACUGACUAAUGGCGAAUUUGAAAUCUUCGACUCCAUAACUGGCCUUGUAUGGGUCAAUCACCUUAACGUAAAGCACACCGUCGAGCUCUAAACUGACGUUAUCGGAGGUGAUGGCGUUCUGACUGGGGAUCUCAAUUGCCGAUUCCUUGAGUGAUUGGACAUAGGUGAUCUUGUCCAAGAGGGGAACGAGGAAUGCUAACCCUGGUGGUAGCACGCGGUGGAACUUUCCCAUUCGUUCCACGAUCCAUGCUUGUUGUUGGGGCACGAACCGGAUUAUGGUGUUGGCGGGGAGGGACUCCCUUUGGAAGAAGUUGAGGGAGGAUUGGUAGGGCAUGGUGGAGCCGUUGGGUCUGUUGCCGCCUCCAAAGUUGGUAGUAAAGUGUCUGUUCAACACAAUCGCAUUUCUGACUAAUUGCUGGCGAGAUGGUACAGUCACUGUUCUUAUCAUUGUUUAGUGGGUGUGAGUAUAUCUGUUGAAGGCAAAAGUGGGUGAAAAGAAAACC